CGGAUUUGCCUGGGAACAUGUGGCGGCACCGGCUGUGCACCCGGCUUGGCAGCUUGGCCUGCGGACUCAUGCUGCUCCUUCUUCCAAGCCAGGGCCAGGACUCCACCAGCCCCAUCAGAACCACACAUUCUGGGCAGGUGCGAGGAAGCCUGGUCCACGUGGAAGGCACCGACGUGGGAGUCCACACCUUCCUGGGCAUUCCCUUUGCCAAGCCACCUCUGGGGCCACUGCGCUUUGCACCUCCUGAACCUGCCGAAGCUUGGAGUGGAGUGAGGGAUGGCACCUCCCAUCCAGCCAUGUGUCCACAGAACUUCGCUAUAUUGGGUGAUGUUGCUGUGCUGUCCCUGCUGUCCAUGCCCAUGUCCGAGGACUGCCUGUACCUCAACAUCUACACACCUGCCCAUGCCCGUGAGGGCUCCAAGCUGCCUGUGAUGGUGUGGAUCCACGGAGGUGGGCUGACUAUGGGCAUGGCUUCGGUAUAUGAUGGCUCCACGCUGGCAGCCUUUGAGGAUGUGGUGGUGGUCACCAUCCAGUACCGCCUGGGCGUCCUGGGAUUCUUCAGCACUGGAGACCAGCACGCCAGUGGCAACUGGGGCUAUCUGGACCAAGUGGCUGCACUGCGCUGGGUGCAGCAGAACAUCGCCCACUUUGGAGGCAACCCUGACUGGGUCACCAUUUUUGGCGAGUCUGCUGGUGGUGUAAGCGUGUCCUCACAUGUGCUGUCACCCAUGUCACAAGGACUCUUCCACGGAGCCAUCAUGGAGAGUGGGGUGGCUGUGCUGCCUGGAAUUAUCACCAGCUCAUCUGAGAUGGUAUCCACAGUGGUGGCCAACCUGUCUGGCUGUGGCCAGGUGGACUCUGAGACCCUGGUGGGCUGCUUGCGUGCCAAGAGUGAAGAGGAGAUGCUGGAGAUAAGCAAGCCGUUCAAGAUCAUCUCCGCAGUGGUGGAUGGCAUCUUCCUGCCCAGACACCCCUAUGAACUACUGGCCUCUGCUGACUUCCAACCCGUCCCAAGCAUCAUUGGUGUCAACAAUGAUGAGUAUGGCUGGAGCCUCCCCAAGGCUUUCACUGACAGAGAUACCGGGGAUGAUAUCAACAGAGCUGCCAUGGAGGCACUAAUACAUCAGGCAUCUGAGCAAUGGAUGCUGCCUUCUGGUAUAGGGCAAAAAUUGGUGGAUGAGUAUCUGGGAGACAAUGAGAACCCCAAAACCCUCAUGGCUCAGUUCCAAGAGAUGAUGACCGAUGCACUUUUUGUGAUGCCUGCGCUCCAUGUGGCACAUUUUCAUCGUUCCCACGCCCCUGUCUACUUCUACGAGUUCCAGCAUUCACCCAGCUUCAUGAAGGACUUACGGCCACCCCAUGUGAAGGCCGACCAUGGUGAUGAGCUUCCCUUUCUCUUCAGAACUACUUUCGUUGGGACAAAAGUGACUCUCACUGAGGAGGAGGAGCUGCUGAGCAGGAGGAUGAUGAAGUACUGGGCCAACUUUGCUCGCACCGGGAACCCCAAUGGCAAGGACCUGCCGCUCUGGCCCGUCCUGGACCAGCAGGAACAGUACCUGCAGCUGAACACACAGCCUGCGGUGGGCCAGGCCCUGAAGGCCCACAGGCACCGGUUCUGGACACAAACUCUGCCCAAGAAGAUACAAGAGCUGAUGCGGGCUGAGCAGAAGCACACAGAGCUGUAGCUGCCCGUGUCUAUAUGGGGGCCGCAUCCCACCCUCAACUGUUCCUUGUCUGCCCUCUGUCCCCUUGGCACACCCUUGUCGAGAUCCUGCUGUCCAGGGCUCCCUGCCCAGCCUGCCCUGGGUGCUCUUCAUCAGGUGC